AUGGGCCUCGGCGACUUUCUCAAGAAAAGGCAGCAGCUGGGCGAGGGUCCGGCCGAGCAAGAGGCCAUGACCAAGCUCAGCGGCCCCGAGUUCACCUUUAUACGGUCCGACACGCUGUCGCAGGAUAUCUUGGAGCCCCCCGGCGACAACCUGCAGCCCGCCACCGCCGCAACGCCCAACAGAUCGCCACGACGCAGCCUCGACGUCUUCCGCCCCCGCAGCCCGUCUGUCUCCUCGCAAGCUAGUUGCCAGUCGCCCACCAAGCGGCGCCUCUCCCAGCGCCUGCGCCUCAGCCGCCAGCCCGCGUCGUCGGAAAACGUACCCGACAACCUGCCCACCAUUGUCGUCCCCGCCGCCGAUGGCCGCGACCGCGACCGUGCCGAGUCACAAUGGGAAAGACGGGCGACCAUGCUGGCCGGGCAGAACGGCCUGGCGCGCAGUCGGCCGCCGACACCCGUGUCGGCCGAGCCCGCGGCCAACCCAGGCCAAAAGGGGCGCCCAUCCCCGGUCUCGUCGCAUGUCAUUGAUCAGGGCAUUCAGGAGGCUAUUCGCCUCCACGAGGCAGGUCACUUGGAGAAGUCGACGGUUGCCUUUGCCAGGUUGGCCGAUCCCGCAGGGGCCAACAACCCGCUGAGCCAGGUCCUAUACGGCCUUGCGUUGAGGCACGGUUGGGGCUGCGCUCCAGAUCCCGAGGCCGCCGUCCGCUACUUGUCGGCAGCAGCGUCCAAUGCCGCGGCCAUCGAGCAGAUGGCGCUCCAGGCCGGCCUCAAGAAGGGAGGCGCCGCCAAGGGAGAGCUGGUCCUGGCCAUCUUCGAGCUGGCCAACUGCUUCCGCCACGGAUGGGGCAUUCCCAAGGAUGCCAUCGCGGCCAAGCAGUACUACGAGACUGCCGCCAACCUCGGCGACACAGACGCGAUGAACGAAGUGGCCUGGUGUUACCUCGAGGGCUUUGGGUGCAAGAAGGACAAGUUUGCAGCGGCCAGGUACUAUCGCCUGGCCGAGAAGGCCGGCAGCAAGACGCUGGGCAAUUCUUGGAUAUGGAAAGACAAGUACGAUCCGCCGGGCGAGGCCGGCAGCAGCAGGAAAUGA